GUUCAGUUGCAUUCUGUUUGAGGGAGGAGGUCCAUGUUCAGCUGAGGUUGAAUAGUUGGUUCUCCCGCCUCUAUCUCAUCUAUUGGCCACAUAUACUUCAGGUACAAGAAUUGGGGAUAUCUUCAGUGAAUGACUUGCUGCUUACCAUAAGGACUAGAAUAACUGAACUUGUGAAAUACAGGUUCACUUAACUAGGGACCAAAGAAGCAUAAAUAACAUUUCUGUGGUGCUGGGACCAACCUGCUGAAAGAAUACUCUGAAAUAAUUUUCUAACUUCACCGUGUUUGUCCUGGGACUGAUUUGUCUUCAGAGAAAAGCUCAAGAGAGAAAAAGAAAUUCACAUUGGAACAAUUAUAAAUAAAUCUAUUUAAAGAACUUACUACCUGGAGAUACGUUUACAGAAGUCAAGUCCUGCUUUUCAUCUGCGUACACACUUCAGACUGUAAACAAUGAGCGAGUUCUGGUUGUGUUUCAACUGCUGUAUUGCAGAACAGCCUCAGCCUAAAAGACGACGGCGCAUUGACCGAAGCAUGAUCGGGGAGCCAACAAACUUUGUUCACACAGCUCACGUAGGAUCAGGAGACCUAUUCAGUGGAAUGAAUUCGGUGAGCUCAAUUCAGAACCAAAUGCAGUCCAAGGGAGGCUAUGGAGGUGGCAUGUCUGCAAACGUUCAGAUGCAGCUUGUAGAUACAAAGGCAGGAUAGCCUUGGGGAUAUCUUUCCAGUUUAUGUGAGUUCCUGUAUCUUCUUUCCUGUGUCCCCUCUUUUGCCUUGGUGACUGCUUUCUGUGUUCAUGACGAGAGAGAAUUGAUGGCUAAUUGUUCGCCCUUUGUGAUUACUCCAGUGAAAAGUUGCUGUUCUGCUCUGAUGAUGCCAUUUUUCAGAUUGGUCCGACCGUGCCUUUCGGUGGCAUGCACACAUUGGCCUCUACCAGUACCAUGGACAUAGAGCUGUUUAGGAUUAUUUUUAGGUUUUGCUUGUUUGUUUUAAGGCAAAUGAAAGCACCAACCUUAGCUUCCCUCAUCUCUCACAAAUACUAAUGCACAGCAUUUUGUUGCUCUUUAUUCUUUAAGUCUUUUCUCCACUCACAUAAUUUAGAAAUGAGUGAGUUUUUAUUAAUGUUUUUAGUCACCCAUUGUUCAUAUCCAUUUUUGAAAGGUCUUGGACCUGCAAGCACAAAUGAUUACUUCAUACAAAAUCAGCAGAGUAGAUGACCGCAUGCUUUGUGAGGUUGCUUUGUAUGGUGGCCCGUUUGGUGCCAGAAAAAAAAAAUCGCUUACUGCGGACUGAUGAUACUGUUGCUGGUGAAAUAUUUUGCUGUGGCACCAAGUAAUGCCUGUUUCUGAAAAAGGACAUGUAACUUAGCUGCUUCAGAGUUAUGUCUUUAUUUUAGUUUUUAUCCAACUGGUCUUGAAAUAAUAAAGAGAGAGCUUGCAUUCAUAAGGCAUUUGUUGUAAAUGUUCAGUAUAUUUAUUUUGAAAGAACUGACCUUGAGGCUGUAAACCAGUGUAGUAACGUAUCUAAGUGUUGUGGAAGCGCUUUAGUCUAUUUAAAAAAAAAAAAAAAAAAAAAAAAAAGCAACAUGUUUGGCUGCUUCUUUUUCUUUUUACAGUUUUUCUUAAUUUUAGGCUGUAUGGUCACUUCCAGUAGCAGCAUGUCAGACUGCCUGCAAUAUUAGCUGAAAAGUUUAGUAGACCUCUCUAAGUAGUUGGCAGUUUCUGUGUACUAAAUAUUUAGGGGCCAUGGAAGUUGCUAAGAGCAACAUACUAAUCUGGCAGAACAGAUGCCAGUGAAAACAACAUACAGGGUGACUUUUUACUAAGUUGGUAAAAAGCCUUUUGCUCAGGUUCCAAAGCAUGUUUCUUUCACACGUUGUGAAACUUGUAUUUUAAUAUUGCACUGUUUUCAGAUUAUCUCUGUAAAAGGUCUUUUUUUCUCCUUGGUGGUUUGAAACAAGUCAAUGAUUUCAGUACUGGUUGAGUUACAUUUUUAUGCGAAAAAAUCAUCCUAACAAGGCAUAACUGAGCCUAGUGAGAUCCAUUUUUAUACAUAAACAUGCAUGUGUUCAUAUAGAUUGCUGUCAUAAAUUAUUCUUUAUUCUUUUUCCAUACUUUUUCUGAUUUCACAUUGCAACCGCUGUCAGAUUGAUUUAAACAUGUAUGAACCUACAUACUCUUCUCUCAGUUCACAAAUGCCACACCAAAUACAGGGCCUUGGAGGUAGUUCGCCUUCCCUGAGCUGUAUUUUUGUGGUAGCUGUCAAUUAUCUGGUUGAAUAGCUCCAGAUAGGCGGGUUAGUCUUCACUGAUGAAGGUACUGAUUCAUAACGACACAAGAUCAAGGUGUUCAGUUGUCUGGGUGCAUGAACACAUGGCAACGCAGUGAUUUUGGGGGGAUCAGCGUUUCCAAUGCCACUUUAUCGAUAAGUCUUAAAUAUACCAUGAUUAGAAAAUAAUUUGAAUUUUGCCAUCAGUAACAGAAGCUUAAAUUUGCUUGCCAAAACUAUCUUGCACUUGUUAAAAUGUUUUCAGCUCAAUAGCCAGAAAAAAAAAAGAAAUUGACAUAUUUUUAUAACAGACAUACUUUUUUUGUACAUUGUGUUCAUUCUUGAAUAAAGUCAGUUCAGUGUUGGCUUGUAGAUAUUAAAAGGAAAGUAUUGACUUUGAUUCAAUAAAUGUUUUCUUUCA